GUUUGUGGAAGUGGGUAAUAUAAAAGUGGCUUGAGGAGAGGGAGAAGCGGCUAAGGAGAGAGAGAGAAGAAGAAGAAGAGGAGGAAGAUGGGUUGCGCUGCUUCCCCAACAGUAUCAGUGUGCGCAUCGCUCUCUUCGCAGUUGCCCCAAAUGCCACCGUCUCGCACGCCCAAUACCAAUACCAAUUCCCUUUCAUUUUCAUCCCUUUCUUCCUUUCCCACUUUAACUCGCUCCUCCACAUACCCUCUUAAUUCCUCACUCUCCCAUGGGUCUUCUUUCAUUCGAGCUGCCUGGACCCGAAGAUCUCGAGGUGAAGCUGCAAAGAAACCUAACAGGAAAUCGUGGAAGCAGAGGACAGAUAUGUACAUGAGACCAUUCUUGUUAAAUGUUUUCUUCUCAAAAAGAUUUGUUCAUGUAAAAGUGGUGCACCGAGGAACGAGCAAAGUGAUAUGUGUUGCUACAACAAACGCCAAGGAUCUUCGAACCUCUCUUCCCUCCUUGAUAGAUCAAAAUGCUUGUAGAGUGGUUGGAAGGCUUAUUGCUGAGCGGUCAAAGGAAGCUGAUGUGUAUGCAAUGGCAUAUGAACCGAGAAAGGAUGAGAGGAUUGAAGGUAGGCUGGGGAUCGUUCUUGAUACUAUUAAAGAAAACGGGAUUAUUUUUGUUUGAACUCGUUCCCUAUCCACUUGCCCUGUUUUGGAUGUAGCCUUCUUCUAUGGGUUGUUGGUUUACAAAUUCUAUUUUAUUUUUUAUGAACUAGAAUCUUGUGGUUUUAUAGAGUUCGUUUUGAAAUUGAGAAAUGCUUUUCUCUCGUCAUGUGGGUGAGAAGGAUAAAAGGGAGAGGGGAUAAAAAAAGAGAUGCAAGAGAAAGAGAAUAUGAAAAAACAUCAAAACCCAAGAACAUUAUCGUUGCACGUUUGGAUUUUCUCAAAUGUUUUUAAUGUUGUUUUCAAAUUAAAAUUAGAGUUUUAGCCCAGUAGCAAAUAAUAGAAGUUAAUGUAGAUUAUUGAGAUGAAAUUAUAAUUUUAAUGGAAAAAUGAUAUUGAAAAUAUUU